UUCAAAUUAAAUUGUAGAUAAGUAUAAAGGAAGAGUCAGAUUCCUAGUACUGAAAGGUCUCCUUGAAAAACAUAUCUAUCUCUCUCUCUAUAGCUUGAUCAUUUAAUUACUCCAAUUGAUUUAAAAGAAGAGAAUUAUGGAUAUGAUCGAAGUUGGUCCAGCAGGCGAAGUAAGACGAUAUGGAACCACUUCUUGGGAUGCCAAGGGACGAGGAGAAUUAGCCCAGAUUUUUGUUUCGUACGAUCAUAAUUCAGUUUAUUCACUGCAGUUUCUCUUCUAUAAGAAUGGCAAAUUAGUAUCUGAAAAACAUGGUUUUGAUGAUGGCAGACAUGUUAACUUCGAUUCAGUUAUUUUAGAUUAUCCAUCAGAAUUUCUUACUUCCAUAAGUGGAUCAUUCCACUCAAUUACUAAUGGUGCUGCCCUGAGCUCAAUAACAUUUGGAACCAACAAGGCCUCAUAUGGACCAUUUGGGGAUCCAUCGUCUACUUCUACUAAACACUUCAACUUUCAGAUAGGAAAUCAAUUUUCUUUUGGUGGAUUUCAUGGCAGUGUAAGGUCUGGAUUUAUUAAUAGUAUUGGGGUUUAUAUCAAGACCAGCACAACUUCCAAGAUCCAUUGCAAAGAAGAGGAUUAAUUCAAUUGUUACGUACAAUAUUGCUUACCUGUUUUGAUCAUAUUAUGUCUUUGAUUUCAGUUGUUGCUGCUUAUUUUCUGAAAGAGUAGAAUGCUUAUGUGUCUAUGAUGUCACUUUAUUUUUAUUUGUUUACUGUCCAUCAUGUCUUAUUUUGCUAAGUACGCCUAAUAAGACUUGGAACGUUUUUUAAAUUGUUUUAUGCAAU